UAAAUAGUAAAAACUAGUUAGUUUUUAUCAAUUUUCUUUACUCAAAUAUUUUCAUAAUUUCUGUCAGCGAGGUAGGUAAUUCUGAAUUUUUUAUGCACACUAUGGAAAACUACUAUUAUAUGUCAUACUCUUUUUUGAUGUCAAGAAUUUGAUGUUUAAAACACUGUUGUCAUCGACUUACAAGCCUAAAUUAACGUUAAAGAAUUUAAUUUCAUUACAUUUGAGUUCUAAUAAAAAGAAAAUGAGUACUUUGGAAAAUGUUAUUGAUGGUUUAAAUGAUGUUAAAUGUAAAAUCAAAGUUGUGGCUCAAAAACGAAAGGAGAGCCAUGUGGAACCAAGGCUAGUUGCUGUUAGUAAAACAAAACCUAUAGAACAUAUUAUUGGAAUUUAUCAGAAGGGUCAAAGACAUUUCGGGGAGAAUUAUGUCCAAGAAUUGAUUACUAAAUCAUCUGAUAUUGAACUUUUAGAAAAAUGUCAAGACAUAAAGUGGCAUUUUAUUGGUCACAUACAAAAAAACAAAGUUUCAAAACUAUUAAUGGUUCCUGGUUUACAUGUUAUUGAAACAAUAGAUAGUGAAAAAUUAGCAAGUGCAGUUAAUGAUGGAUGGAAAAAACUCAACAAAGAAAAUAGAUUGAAAAUAAUGGUUCAAGUUAACACUAGUAAUGAAAAAGAGAAAUCUGGUGUAUCAACAGAUACAGUAGUAGAUUUAUAUAAAUUUAUUAUUGAGAAAUGUGACCAUUUGGAACUGAUUGGUUUAAUGACGAUUGGUCAGUAUGGUUAUGAUUGUUCUCAAGGACCAAAUCCAGAUUUUUUGGCUUUGGUGGAUUGUAAAAAAGAUGUUUGUGAUAAAUUAAAAUUAAAUCCAUCCGAAAUAGAAUUAUCAAUGGGCAUGUCUGAUGAUUUUGAGCAUGCCAUUGAAUUAGGAAGCACAAAUGUACGAGUAGGAAGUAGUAUCUUUGGUUUUCGUGCGAGAAAGGAAAAACAAUGAUUUAUUUGUAAUAAAUUWUUACUAAUCAGAAUAAUUUUUUUUUUAUUGAGAUGGUUUCAACAUCUAUGGUCAUAAGCUUGAAGGUUAUUUAGUAGGAUUUUAACUGUAAAAGAGGGUGGGACCUCAAGACAGACCAAACAUGCUACCAUACCAGACCACAUUGGAAUAAUUCUAAUGAUAAUUAUUUAGGUUAAUCAAAUAAUAGUUCAGUAAUAAAAAUGUAUAAUUUAUUUAUCUUUUAUUC